AUGGAUAAAAAGCCAGAAGCACAAAAGGUAAAACUUUUGUUAUAUCUUCUCGGACGCAAGGGGAGGGAAAUCCAUAGCACAAUACAAUUCCAAACAACAGAUGAGCAUGGAAACAAAGUCGACAUUGAGGAGAAAAACAUCACUGUGAAGAUGGUUCUAGACGAAUUUGACAAACACUGUGACCCUAAGAAAAAUGAGACAGUGGAGCGAUAUAAAUUCUACAGUCGAAGUCAACAAGUAGGUGACACUUUUGACAAAUUUUUAGCAGAAAUUAGAAUCUUGGCUGACACAUGCAACUUCGGAACACUUAAAGACUCUAUGAUAAGAGACAGAAUCAUUUGUGGUGUAAGCGAUUCUGGACUGCGAGAACGGCUUCUGCGUGUGGCAGACUUGGAUUUGGAUAAAUGUAUUCAGGUCUGCAGGGCAACUGAAGUUUCUAAAGAGCAAAACAAAGAAAUUGAACCACAGGCAGCAGGAGCAUCUGUGCAUACAGUGAACUCACACAAGAAGAACUUCAAGAAGCAUCCACAAAAACCACAAAGACAUCAGCAGCAACAACAAAACAGACAGGAUUCCAGUCAGUGCAAGUACUGUGGAAGUCGCCAUGUAAAGGGAAAACGAAACUGCAAAGCAUAUGGUCAUCAGUGUGGGAAGUGUGGCAAAUUACCUCAUUUUGAAAAGGUAUGCAACUCUACCAAAUCAAGUGUACACCAAAUCCAAGAGAGUGUUGAAUCGGACUCUGAUGACUACUAUUCUAUCUACAGUGUAGACCUCAGAAACCUCAGCGAAUCAAUCAACGCCAUUAACCAAGCCACCGAAAACAAAGUAUUUGCCACUUUGUCUGUGAAUGGACAGUAA